AUGGGUCGUGACAUCCCUUUAGUACCUAGACUUCAGAGGUUAUUUAUGUCUAAAGAAAUUGGUGAAAAUAUGAGGUGGCAUAAGGAGAAACGUGUAGAUGAUGAUACAAUUAAACAUUCAGAUGAUGCUAUAGAAUGGAAAGAUUUUGACCAGAAAUAUGCUUGGUUUGGCAAAGAUGCUCGUAACGUGCGACUUGGGCUUGCUAGUGAUGGAUUUAACCCUUUUGGAAAUAUGAGCACGAGUUAUAGCAUGUGGCUGGUGAUUGUGACACCAUAUAACUUACCACGAUGGAAAUACAUGAAGGAGAAUUUUUUGAUGUUAUCUUUGCUUAUUCCUGGUAAGGAAUCUCCCGGAAAUAAUAUCGAUGUAUAUUUAAGGCCAUUAAUUGAUGAGUUAAAAGAGUUAUGGGAGACUGGUGUGACAACAUAUGAUGCAUAUAACGCAUAUGGAAUGUUAUCUGGAUGGAGCACAAAAGGAAAAUUGGCAUGUCCUCAAUGUUACAUGGGUCAUCGGAGAUAUAUACAUGCCCAACAUUCUUGGAGAAAAAGCAGAAAAUUUGAUGGCAAACCAGAGCACGGGUCAAAGCCUGAAGAGUUGUCAGGAGAUGAAGUUCUAAGGCAAUUAGAUUUGCUUCCUAAAGACCUGGCUCAAAUGGAUUUAGAAGCAAUGGGUAUAAGAAAAGAGUUACAUUUACUGCAAAAGGGAAAUAAAUUUCUUAUGCCACUUGCUUGUUAUACAUUACUGAAGCCUGAAAGAAGAAAGUUUUGCGAAUGGUUGCAGUCAAUCAGGUUGCCAGACGGAUAUGCUUCCAAUCUUUCUCGAUGUGUAAGUGUCAAGGACUGCAAAGUUAUGGGGAUGAAAAGCCAUGAUUAUCAUAUAUUCUUGCAACGGUUACUUCCAGCAUCGAUUUGUGGGUCUUUGCGUAGUGAGGUUUACACUGCAUUAUCAGAGUUGAGAUCUUUCUUUAAGGAGCUUUGUUCGAAGACUUUAAAAAGAUCUACAGUUAAAAAGUUGCAGAGUGAUAUCAUUUUGAUAAUAUGUAAACUUGAGAUGAUAUAUCCUCCAUCUUUUUUCGUGGUAAUGAUGCAUUUGGCAAUUCAUCUGCCACGUGAAGUAGAAUUAGGAGGCCCUGUUCACUAUAGAUGUGCAAAAAAGACACCAGGCAGGAUUUGCCAGUUGGUUCAAGGAGUGUGUAAGUAUUAUGCUAUAAAAGUACUAACUAUUAAUUAUGCCUCUAAUUUCACCAUUAAACUUAUUUUUCAAGUUGGACGCUUAUGUGCUACUGGUUUGGUUGCAGCAACAGAUCAUAUAUAUGCGUUGGGAUUAGGUCCUGAUAUACGAAUUGCUAGGUAUAGUGGGAUAAUUGUCAAUGGAGUUAGGUUUCACACAGUUGAGCGUGAUAAUUUUCAUCGGACUCAAAAUAAUGGAGUUUCAGUUAUAGGAGAGCAUAAGUCAAAAGAAAUCGAGUUUUAUGGUGUGCUAACAGAUAUCAUUGACCUCCAAUAUGUUAAUGGGAAUCAUGUUUUCUUGUUUAAAUGUGAUUGGUGGGAUGUUGGCGAUAAAAAUGGAAUUAAACCAGAUGGCAACUUAGUUUCUAUUAAUGUGAGCCGUAAAUGGUAUACAUGUGAUUCUUUCGUGUUGAGUUCUCAAGUACAGCAGGUUUUUUAUGUCAGCGAUAUGAAAAAUGGAGAAAAGGAAAAAGUGUGCAAUGAAGAUUCAAUUUUGAAUGAUGAGCCCUAUCAGCAAUACGAGGCAGAUAAUAGUCAUGAAGUCGAUCAAGUUGGUGGUGAAAAUUUGGAACUCUGGCAUCCUAUAGAUGUAUUACCGGAUGAAGUUGAUGUUGGUCAAAUGUUUCAAGGUCAAAACUCAAACCCGAUUUAUUCUAGCGAUGAGGAGGAUGAUACUACAAUCAAUUAUGAUGAUACCGACACUGAUGUACUUGAAUACUCAAAUGACAGUGAAAAUGAAGACGAAGACGAUGAUUAG